AUGGCGGAUCCCGCCCAGGUGACACGUCGGUUGCCGGGUGCUGAGAUCGAACGAGGUGUCGCUGGGCGUCGAGGACUCGUCGAGGUCGCAAUUGUCGUAGAACCCGACGUGCCACCGGACUGUUGGAAUCAACAAUGAUUCCGAAAAUGAUCAACAAAAGAAGAGAAACGGCUGGACCAGGAGUCGAACCUGGGUCGCUUCCAUUAAUCGGAAAAGCUUUGACCUCUAAGCUAUCCGGCCCCUGA